CUAUUUCUUCAGUCUAUGGUUGGUCUUGGGACCUUGGUACAUUGAUCUCGCGAGCAUAAUAUAUUAAUUAUUGUAUAAUAAUACUGUUUUGUAAAUGUCUUAUAUUUACGAUUUAUCUAUGACGUCCACGGUCGCCACUCGCCGGUCAAUGUCGAACGAAAACAUUAGCGUUUACCGGUUUCUCCGCCUUCCCACAUACUCCCGUCACCCGCAAACUCACCUUCUAACACGUCUUGAACACUGGCUCAGAGUUUAACAUCAAUAAUAAUACGAUUGUACCUAAAGUGUCUUAAACCUAUUUUAUAAUCAGAAUCGAAACGUACAUAUUUUCUGUCUGUUCAAGUGAUCCCUACUUUCUCACAAGUCUGUUCAAACGCUUCGUCGACGAUGAAACUCUUUUUAACCGGUGCAUCGGGCCUAUUGGGAAGGUCUAUAUACGAACGUUUUCUGAACGAACCGGAUUGGACUGUGUGCGGUAUCUCGUUCAAAAGGACUAGCCCAGGGCUGACAAAAUUGAACCUGCUCGAUAAAGACGCAGUUACUAAUCUCCUUAAUACUGUUUGCCCUGACGUUAUUGUUCACUGUGCUGCUGAACGGUUUCCAGAUAAAGUAGAAAGUGAUCCUCAGGCUGCUUAUGAUCUGAAUGUUGGAGUAUCAGCUCAUUUAGCUGAUGUAGCAAAUCAUCUCAAUGUGCCGUUGUUGUAUAUCAGUACAGAUUAUGUGUUUAAUGGAGAUGAAAGUCCUUAUAAAGAAACUGACGAACCUUCGCCUAUUAAUGAGUAUGGAAGGUUGAAGUUGCUUGGUGAAAAAGCAGUUCUUGCUGCUAAUCUAA